AUGAAAACCUCUCUUUUAACCUCUCCUUUCCUUCACUCUCUUCCUUCCUUCGCUUUCUCUUCCUUCCUUCCUUCCUUCCUUUACACUCAUUUCCUUUUUCCCUUUCUUCACACUCUCUUCCUUCUUUCACUGUCUCUUCCUUUCUCUCCUGAACUUCCCUUCCACUUCUUUCCGUCCUUCCUUUCUUCUUUCUUUCUUUCUUUCACUUUCUCUUUCGUCCUUCCUUCCUUCCUUCCUUCCUUCCUUCCUUCCUACGCUUUCUCUUCCUUCCUUCCUUCCUUCCUUCCUUCCUUCCUUCCUUCCGUCCUUCCUUCCUUCCUUUACACUCUAUUCCUUUCUCCCUUCCUUCCUUCGCUUUCUCUUCCUUCCUUCCUUCCUUCCUUCCUUCACUCUCUCUUCCUUCCUUCACUCUCUCUUCCUUCACUCUCUUUUCUCUCCUUAACAUCCCUUCCACUUCCUUCCGUUUUUCCUUUUUCUUCCUUUCAUUCUUUCCUUCACUUUCUCUUUCGUCCUUCCUUCCUUCUUUCUUUCAUUCCUUCCUUCACCUCUCUUUUCCUUCCUCAAUUCUUCCUCCAUCCCUCCCUCCCCCCUUCCUAUCUUCCUUCCUUCCUUCCUUCACCUCUCUUUUCCUUCCUCAAUUCUUCCUCUAUCCAUCCCUCCCUCCCUUCCUUUCUUCCUUCCUUCCUUUACCUCUCUUUUCCUUCCUCAACUCUUCUUCCCUUCCUUCCUUCCUUCUUUCAUUUCUUCCUUCCUUCCUUCCUUCACCUCUCUUUUCCUUCCUCAACUCUUCCUCCAUUCCUCCCUCCCUCCCUUCCUCACCUCUCUUUUCCUUCCACAACUCUCCCUCCAUUCCUUCCUUCCUUCCUUCCUCUACUUCUCUUUUCCUGCACUCUCUUUUCCUCCCUCCACUCCCCUCCCUCCCCUCCUUCCUUCCUUCCUUCCUUCCCCUCUCUUUUCCUUCCCCACUCUUUUCCUUCCUUCCUUCUUUCCUUCCUUCCUCUACUUCUCUUUUCCUGCACUCUCCCUUCCUUCCUUCCUUCCUUCUAUUUUCAACUCUCUCCCUUCCUUCACUGUCUCUUCCUUCCUUCAUUCACUUUUCUUUCCUUCACUCUCAUUUCCUCCCUUCCUUUCUUUCUUCACCCUCUUCCUUCCUUCCUUCCUUCCUUCCAUCUUUCGUUCACUUUCUCUUCCUUCCGUCCUUCCUUCUUUCUCUCUUCCUUCCUUGCACUCUCUUUUCAUUCCUCCACUCUCCCUUCCUUCACACUUCAUUCACUCUCUCCUUUCCUUCCUUCCUUCCUUCCCUCCCUCUCUCUCUCUAUUCCUUCCUUCCUUCUUUCUUGUCCUUCCUUCCCACUCUCUAAACAUACUAAUACCCACCAAUAG